AUGGGACCGCCCGCUCCCUCGCAGCUGCAAGCUGAAUGGAAAGCGUACCACAGUACGCUUGAAGAGUUGUCGAAAGUCCGGAUUCCAAGAUGUGUGUACCUGCCAACCGCCAUGUCCGUCGAGCUGCACUUCUACUCUGAUGCGUCGGAGAAAGCCUACGGAGCCAACUGUUACGUGCGCUGUGAGACGGUCAAAGGUAUCCAAGUGAGACUGUUGGCGUCGAGAUCCAAGGUCGCUCCGCUGUCCAAGCUUCAAUCCAUCGCCGAUCUUGAGUUGUGUGGAGCUGAACUGUCCGUGAAACUGUACAAGAAGGUGGUGAAAGCCAUCAAGAAGCCGGUAGAAGUGUUCUUCCAUACAGACUCGAAGACGAAGACUGGAAGACAUUUGUGGCGAACCGAGUAG